GCUGAGAGGCUGUGAUAUACAGAGUGAGGUAAUCAGGUUUUACACAGCAGGUUCAUUCACCAUAGUCUCUCCUGUCCAAUCACAGUCAUGGACUGGGUCUAUUCAACACUCUGGCUGCUGGGUGUGUCUGUGUGUGAGUUUUGGGUUCCAGUCUCUUCUGCAGUGAUUGGCUGUGGYGAACCUGAACCGUUGCUGAAUGGAAGGGUGGCAUUCAUAUUUGGCUCUCAGAACCAGCACCUCUCAGUCAUUCAGUACCACUGCAAUYAGCAGUUCUACAGUCUUCCUGAAGGACAUAACGGAAACUUCACAUGCUCAUCAGACGGACAGUGGAAAGACCGCCUGAACAGCUCACUGAUUCCUCAAUGUAUCCCAGUGUGUGGUCGUCCUACAGUGAACCUCCCAGGAUUUGGAAGGAUUUGGGGGGGAAAGCKAGCUCCAGCUGGAUCCUUCCCCUGGCAGGUGUUGCUGAUAGUAAAUGGUAGAGGAGGAGGGAUAGUGAUCGGGGACCGCUGGAUCAUGACUGCAGCACACGUCCUGGGUCAAUAUCCCUGGCGGUUUCCUAUGGUAUAUGUUGGACACAACAAMGUGGAAACCCUCCUCCAGUCUCCUACUCUUGAGGUCGCCUCYGUCCAUAUUCACRCUGAKUACAACAAUGUAGARGAUGUAAACUAUGACCAUGACAUCGCCCUGAUCCAUCUCAAACAUCCAAUCACAUUCAACGCUSAUAUCAUGCCACUGUGUCUGCCACCAAAGGACGCUAAAUACCCGACUUGGCGGAAUGGCUUAAUUUCAGGAUUUGGCCUGAAAGAGAAUGAAAUGUCUACCAAUAAGCUCAUGUAUGUUCCUCUACCUGUGGUAAACCAGACAAUCUGUAGAAAUUCUAUUGACAGAGUGAGAAUGGAAAAAAAUAUCAGUCUAACAGACAACAUGUUCUGUGCUGGGAAUUCUGAGGGAGGCAAGGACUCCUGUAGAGGAGACAGUGGAGGAGCGUACGUCCUGAAGGAGGGUAAUUAUUUCUGGGCAGCAGGGAUCGUCAGCUGGGGGAUUAAAUGUGGAGAGCCUGGUAAAUAUGGGGUCUACACCCGUGUGGCUAACUACGUAGACUGGAUCAAGA